CGUUGACGCAGAACAUCAUCCUCAUUGCACACUCACGAAAUACCAUCCUGGUUCCCUCGCAAAGAGCAUUCAUCUUGUGACCAUCGUUGAAUAUCUAUCUGGUCAAAUACCAUCCGGCAACAUGUCGUUAAUGGGCCACCAACCUCAGAACGAAGCGAUCGGAUACUCCUUCUCUCAGCCUCAUACCGCGACUGCUGCCAACAAACAGCAUUCGUUCUACCCAUACACGGAUAAUGGCGGUUCCACCCUAGGCAUCACAGGCGCCGAUUUCGCCAUCCUCGCCGGUGAUACCCGCUCAGUUGCAGGGUACAACAUCAACUCUCGCUUCGUUCCCAAGGUUUUCAAGAUUGGUGGUGAGGAUGAGACCGGUGAUGGUGCUCAUAUUCUCCUGUCGGUUGUGGGCUUCGCCGCAGAUGGUCAAGCGCUCAAAGAGCGGCUGGAUGCGGUGGUGAAGAUGUAUAAGUACCAACAUGGAAAACCCAUGUCUGUCGGGGCAUGUGCUCAGCGUUUGUCGACUAUUCUUUACCAGAAACGAUUCUUCCCCUACUACGUGACUGCUAUUCUAGCCGGUCUGGAUGAGGAGGGUAAAGGCGCCUUAUACAGCUACGAUCCCGUCGGUUCCUACGAAAGAGAGCAAUGCAGAGCGGCAGGCUCAGCGGCGAGCUUGAUUAUGCCCUUCUUGGACAAUCAAGUCAACUUCAAGAACCAAUACAUCCCGGGAAGUGGUGAGGGGCAUGCUCUCGAACCCAGGAAGCCCGAGCCACUACCGAGAGAAACAGUUGAGCAAUUGGUGCGAGAUGCAUUUACUAGUGCGGUUGAGCGACACAUCGAAGUGGGAGAUGGCUUACAAACGAUGAUCAUCACACGUCACGGCAUAGAGGAGGUUUUCACGCCAUUGAAAAAGGACUAAGGAGGCCGAAUCGAGACCUGAUCGUGCGCCCUGUCUAUUCCAUGUUUCCCCCACCACCCUUCUCUCUUCCUAUCUGUUCCCUGGUCAUCUGGCCUAGAAAUAAUCCUACUUGUUGAUGAGUUCGAUCCGUCUACGCCUACUAUGUAUUAUGUGAAAUUUCCAUAUCUUGUCCUAUCG